AGGUUCCGGGGCUGCCUCCUGUGCGUGCCUCCGUUGGCCGCGGACCGCUGCGUUCCUGCCACGCUGCGAUUCACUGAGCUGAGUUUGUCAACUUCCCUGUUUGUCCACGCGGGUUUCGCGGGGCCGGACCCGCCUGCGGAAGGGCCACGUCCCGUCCCCCGGCACUGGCGGUCCCGGGCCCCCGCGCGCCUGCUUCUGCUCCCCUGUUGCGUCUUCAGCCCAGGCCGUGUGGUACUUGUCUUAUCCGGAGAACGGCUUACCACCUGCCACCUGAAGAAGUGACAGGAGGCAGGAAUCCUGAGCUGAGCCCUUGCCUGCACAUUCGGGACCAACUUUUCCCCCCUGCACCUAAAACCAUUAGGGUCUGGACGAAAAGAAUAGGCGUCCCGAGUUCUGCUCUUGAGGGGAGUUAGGGAAGAAGGGGAGGGUUUGUCCUUCCCCUUCUUCCCCUUUCAACUGCUGCAGAGCUCUGGGAGGUAACAGGUGUCCGGCAGGUAAGAUCUUACCUGGAAAAGGACAGAGUGGAGGUGAAGAGCUGGGUGUGUCACUUCCAGGCCGGUGCCUCAGUUUCCCCGUUUAGGUACCGCUAAGCCUAGGGGAGAUAGGAUGCUUGGGUUCUAUUUCUAGAAGAAGCCGCCAAGUUGGAACAGAAAAUAGAAGGCCUGUUCUGGAGCGAGUGCUUUGGGAAUAAAGGGGACAUGGAGCCUGCGGGCGGGCAGGAGCUUAGGGUUAUGCCGAGGUCUUUCCUCUCGGGCUCCUGAAAAGCGAACCGGUCAGUCUCGCGCUCACCUUUGGUAGCCCUCUGGGAGAAGCUUAUUUUUGCUCUUCCUGCCCUGCAGGCUUCCAGCUCUGGCUGGGGGCCGUCCCCCGUUCCUUGCACUUGCUGGCCCCUCGCCUUCUAACCCCAGAUGGCCUUUUGUUCUCCCAUCGGCUCCUUUGGAAGCUGGCUUCUCAGGAGGGCUUUCUGGCCCACCUGCAUGAACUGCAGCCUCUUGUCCCUCACCCUUUCCUUUCCUUUUUCUCUGGCAGCCGUACAAGCCCCCCCCCCCGAAGGCAGGCCCUGUUGAUUCGUGCCGUAUCCCUCGCGGUCGAAACAGUGCUCGGGGUGUGCGGACUGCUGCCUGGAUGUUCCCUGAGUGAACACACGUGAAUGAAUGUGGACUGUUCACGAAAAGGAGGCUCCAGGAUCUCCCUCACGUCUCGUUCCAAACUUUCUUUCACGUUACUUCACCCUUUCUUUGUCCCGAGUCUGUUGUUUCCAAGUCCAGGAUCCCAAACAGCCUUCUGUCUCCAGUGAAACUUUGGUCUUGGUUUUGCCUCGAGCGCAGGGAAGUCCCUGAACAAGACUGAAGAGAACGGGUUCGUUUCUUCCGCACUCUCUCUUGUCUGCUUCGCCGUGUUCUCCGCCUAGUUUACCUCUGAUGUCUGGGGGGAGGAGGCACUUUGAGGCAGCCUGCCUCCCUCCACUGUGACGGCGGAGAGUUCAUUUGCAGGUCUGGGGAGGCAGCAUCAGAACAAGUUGCCGCUAAAGGUUGUAGAGUCUUCCAUUCGGUCUGGCUGAGGUGGGGGAAACCCCUGAGGACUCCCCGCCCCGUCCUUCCUUUGUCAGUGUGAUUCUCGAAGUUCCCAAAGUUCCCGAAUUCUCCAAGGUGAACAAGACUCGAGACUCGGAUCAUUCAGAUAAAGCCAAAGCUUCCUCCCCCUUCAGUUUCCUACCUUCCUUCAGCUUGAGCUGGUGCUGGCGGUCUCUGAGCGCAUGGUUCCUGCGGAAAGGUCCCCAAGAGCACAGGCUGGUCAGCUGAGGGCGGCUGCUGGCUUUAGGGUCGUGCUCCUCCGGUUCUAAGCUGUGUGUCUUGCACUUAGUAGGCUCACAGGGCACGUUUGGAGAAAUAAAUAAACAUUUUCUUAAGUGACUUCCCUUUAGGGUUUGGAGUUGAAGUAGCAGCAAUGAACUCUGAACUCUCGUUCGUUCGUUGGUUCGUUCGAUCGUUCGUUCGUUCGAUCCUAGCCUGCUUCUCUGUGUCAGCAGCUCGGAGUACAGUGAACGUGAUAGGCUCUGCCCACAAGGAGCUUCUGGAGGAGGCGGACAAGGAGAUAGAUUUCAGGUCAAGUCGGAGAAGAGCCACGGUAGAGCUGGUGCCGUGGGAACGUACCUAGUGGGUGCUAAUCCGGUCUAGAGGCUGGGGAGGCUGCCAGAGGGAGGACAUGUCUGCGCAGAGAUGAGAUGCGUGAGUAGAGGGAGCCGGAGAAAGCGGGUGCCGCGGGGAGGCGCACGUCAGGCGGAGGGGCAGGAUGCGGCAGGGAGCUUAGCGGCGAGAGAGACCAUGCUUCCGGGGCACCUGGAGUGAGUUAAGCUCCGGAGCUGGAUGCGGGGACGUGGGGGUGCUGAGGCCAGGGGAUGUGGCCUCUGGGCACCACGGAAAGGCCUUCGUAAGUGACCCUGGGGUAGCGAGGCGCCCUUAACGGGCCGAGCAAGAAUUCUCUGGUUGCACAGCGCCUAAGACCUGGGGGAGCAAGACCGGCAGGCACGGCGUGGCAGGGGGUGAUGGCCUGGGCACCCGGGCGCGGGCCUGGGGAGAGCUGCAGGUGGCAGGGCUGUGGAGGAGGUAGAGCGUCUGGGCCGUCUGGGCGGUCGAUGGGACGGCCUAGGUGAGGGCCAGGAUUCAAGGUUGACCCCUGCCUUUUAGCUCAGGCAGCCGGAGGGUAGUGGUGCCAUUUAUUUAGGGAAUACAGAGCAGAUUGGGGAUUAGCUGGAUUUAGUUCGUUGCAAGGAUCAGAAACCACCUCAAGCCAGGUUGAAUAAUGAAUGUCCUGAGGUGCCGGGGGAAAGGGCCUGGAGUCAGAAGUUGGAGAUCUUUGCGUGUUUGAUUCAAGCUUCUUUGGCUGCAGAUCAGUUUCCUCUGCUGCUUGACCUUUGCUGCCGAUGAAAGAUGGCCGCCCCACCCCCACCCCUUCUCGUGUUUUAUUUCUCUUUAGUGAUCAGUCCAGAUGGAGCCGCGUUCUUAGUCCCGGUCCUGGUGUUCCAGGAGAGAAUACGGUCGGUCUGAUGUGGGUCGGCUCAUCAGUCAGCUGCAGUCGGGACGGGGCAGCGCCCAAGUCUGUCCAGUCAGAUUCCGAGGAAGACGAGCCCUCCAAGAAGAAAACUGUCCUUCAGGGAUCCGGCGAGGGCGCUGGCCUGUCUGCCUUGCUUCCCCAGCCUAAAAACCUGCCUGUGAAAGAGACUGGCAGGCUGCCCCUGCCCCACGCCUCCUCCCGGAAGCCCGCGGAUGGCUCCUCUGACGCUAAGCCCUCCAGACAGGCUUCUAAGACCAAGCCCUCUUCCCUCGCCUCUGUCGUGGGCACCACAACCACCACUCCGUCACCCUCUGCCAUCAAGGCUGCCGCCAAGAGUGCUGCCCUACAGGUGACGAAGCAGAUCACGCAGGAGGAGGACGACAGUGAUGAGGAAGUAGCCCCCGAGAACUUUUUCUCCCUCCCUGACAAGGCUGAGCCGCCUGGAGUUGAGCCAUACCCUUACCCCCUCCCUGCCGUCCCUGAAGAGCUGCCUCCAGGCACGGAACCGGAGCCGGCCUUCCAGGACGACGCAGCCAAUGCCCCCCUCGAAUUCAAGAUGGCAGCGGGCUCAAGUGGGGCCCCUUGGAUGCCUAAGCCUGGGGAUGACUACGGCUACAACCAGUUUUCCACAUAUGGCGAUGCCAAUGCCGCUGGUGCUUAUUAUCAGGAUUAUUACAGUGGUGGCUACUAUCCUGCACAGGACCCGGCCCUGGUCCCCCCCCAGGAAAUUGCCCCAGACGCCUCCUUCAUCGAUGACGAAGCAUUUAAGCGGCUACAGGGCAAGAGGAACCGAGGGAGGGAGGAAGUCAACUUUGUGGAGAUCAAAGGUGACGACCAGCUCAGUGGGGCUCAGCAGUGGAUGACCAAGUCGUUGACAGAAGAGAAAACCAUGAAGUCAUUCAGCAAAAAGAAAGGGGAGCAGCCAACGGGCCAGCAGCGGCGGAAGCACCAGAUCACGUACCUGAUCCAUCAGGCCAAGGAGCGGGAGCUGGAGCUGAAGAACGCCUGGUCCGAGAACAAGCUGAGCCGCCGGCAGACCCAAGCCAAGUACGGGUUCUAGGGCUCCGGACCCGACUGCCCCCGGGACCUCCUGCAGCCCGGCGCCACGGCCUCACCUCCGGGACCCCCGCUGCCUCCAAGUCCAGGGCCUCCUUCCCUGGGGACCCAGCCCUCGCCUCCGCGAGGAUGAACACGUUUGAUAGAUUUUUCUUAACAGAAGUUAGAGAACUCAGCUCCUCUCUGUCUUGGAGCAAAGACUCGAGCGGUGAUGCUUCAGACGGGGCUCCCGAGUCCUUGGAUGGGAGUUUUGCUCCCUCGUGGGUGUGAUGAAAUGGUGAACCCCUCCCUCCAUCUUUUUUUUUUUUUUUUUUUUUCUUUUUUUAAUUUUAAACCAGGGAUGUCUGUUGAAAUAAAACAUUCAGUCUGACGGACACUGCUCGCCCUAA